CAAAUACUUAACAAAUAAACUUUUAAUAAAAACUAAAUAUUUAAUAUUAAAUUAUAAAAACUUAAUAAAAUGUCUCAAUCAUCAGUUCAUCCAGGAGAUAAAUCACAAUCAUACUACAAUGCCACCAAAGAUGCUGUUGUAAAUACCUAUAACGCUACCAAAGAUGCCGCCCUCAACACAUACGAGGCCACCAAAGACUCCUUAAACAAUGGUAUCAACUAUGUAUCAGAAUCAAUCCAACCAGUUAUUGAUAAAACUAAAGAAAUGGGUUCAAAUGCUGCCAAUGCUGUCGGUGAAGGUUAUGAAAAUAUUAAACACAAAACAUCAGAAAUGAUGACAACAGCUAAACACGACACCGAAGAGACAAUAGAAAAAUGCGAGCACUGGACAGAAGAGCAAAAGGAUGCAUUUUGUGAUAAAUGUAAAGAAUUAAGAAAACAAGCCGCCAAUGCAACUGAUAAUGCUGAAAAGAAUAUAAAAUCAACUGCAAAUGACUUUAAUGAUAGAAUGAAUGAAGCCGGUAAAGAAAUUAAAGGUAAAACUGACGAAUGGUCCAAAGAUGCUAAAGAAGCCGCCAAUAAUGCAGGUGAUAGAAUGAAUGAUGCUGCUAAAGAUGUUAAAGAAAAAACUGACGAAUGGUCUAAAGAUGCAAGAGAUGCAAUCAAUAAUGCAGGCGAUAAAAUGAAUGAUGCUGCUAAAGACGCCAAAGAUAAAGCAAAUACUUGGGCUCAGGAUAUUAAAGAAGCUACAAAUAAUGCAGCUGAAGAUGUUAAAGAUAAAACCAAUGAAUGGUCCAAAGAUGCCAGAAAUGCUAUAAAUGAAGCUGGUGAUAAAAUGGGUGACGCAGCUAAAGAUAUCAAAAAGAAAACACAGAACUAGUUUUAACUCAAGAAAUAAAUUAAUUUGUAAUAAAAUAUAAAAAAUAAAAAAGUUUAAAUAAUUAAAAUUAAAACAAU